AUGGAGCCCAGGUGGGAAUCAAUUAUGGCACAUUCACAGCAGACUUCCAUCUGCCACCGGGUAAGUCAGAAACGGAACCGAACAUGUCAAGGCCCACUGACUAAAUACCGAUUCCCUCUAGAGCGAGUAGAAACUCCGCCCAGCCCUUUGUCAACUGUGCCAUUCACGCGCGAUCCAGAUUUUGUUCAUCGCGAGACACUACUUGAUCAAAUCUAUAGUAAGAACUCGGUCGCGGGGUCGAGGAUAGCGCUUAUCAGCCUCGGCGAUAUUAGAAAAUCGCAACUUGCGAUCGAAUACUCCUACCAAGUUCGAUCCAAAUCACCGCAAAGUUUCCGGGACAUCGCGGACCAGGUUAAAAUCCCAGGUCGUCAAGAUGCCAAAGUCAACAUAUUCAAACUACUCCAGGAUGAAAAGAUAGGAAACUGGAUUUGUAUCCUUGAUAAUAUUAAUGACGAUCAGCUUCUUUGCCCGGUUCCGGUAGCAGGCAAGGAAGAUCCGAUAAGUGGCGUAACGAACACCUCGACAAAGCCACUCUUGGAAUACAUUCCUAGAAGCUAA